GAUAUAGCCAUGUCCGUCUCGCCGUCUGUAUGUCUGUCCGUAUGACCUGAUCAAGAAUAUAUAUACUUUAUUGUGUCGGAAAAGCUUCCUUCGACACAUUUCUUUUAAGAUUUUCUUUUAUUGUUAAUUGAAAUAAAUAAUAAUAAUUGAAAUUUUAUUUUAAAUGUUAUGACUAACUAACUAACUAACUAAGUUAAACUGGAUUUGGCAUGGUCUGUAGUAGUGCAGUGUGACCAAUAAAAAUGCGCUGGAAUUUUAUUUUCUUUUACAUUCAAACCGGAGUUACAGGUAUCUGAUAGUCAAGACACUCGACUAUAGCGUUUCUUCUUGCUUAAAGUUGCGCAGAACUGUCAGCAAGGGUCAAUUUGACCAGAAUGAAAUGGACUGUCGUAUUGACUUUUGAAUUAUUCGCUCCUAAACAUACAUAUUUAUGCAUAAUAAAAUAUAAUGCUGUGUUCGGUUUAAGAGGGAAGGGCAAUUUGAAAUUAGACUGUCGGGCGAAAUCUGUCGCAAUAGUGAAAAUAAUUGUAUUCACAAGUUCGAGUGUAUUUAUCAUGGAAGACUCAAAAAUAUUUUUGGCUUUUGUGUCAGGGACUCUAUGUUUGGCGUUCCUGGCGUUCGAAGUGGCGGGCUAUCGUCUGGACGACUUUGUUCUUACCUCGCACCUAAGCUACUUGGAACAGCGACCACGUUCGUAUACGCCAGAGUCUUGGGAAAGAGGAACUAACAUCGUGGUGGGUAUCUACAUGGUCAUCCUUUAUAUGAUGUUCCGGCUGAGGGAGCACAUGCGGUUGCAGAACGUAAAGGAUAUUCGCCGACAGCUGGAGUUCGAGGACCUCUUCCGAAUGGAGACGGAGUUCAUAGACAAGCUGCGAUCCCAAGGCAUCGAACUGGAUGGUCCCACUUUGGACUCGACCUGCGCAUAAUCGUCUUGGCGACCGCAUUCAGGAGCCAAUCAAAUAUCUCGUUAAUGCCGCCGCCUUGGACAAUGUUAAUGCUGGAUUCAGAGUACGAGUAUAUAUAUGUACACAGAUCGCACGGCUUGAUUGCUCAGAAUUAAAUUCAACAUUCGCCCGCCGAGUCGGGCGCUACACCUACACUGCUCAAUUACGCGACACAUCCAAUAUAAUCCUCCUCGGCCGAGUUGAACGUGCCCGACUGACAUUACUACGUACACCACUUAUACUAUAUGUACAACAUGGUUACUCGUACUACGUACUCGCAUAGCAUUGGUUGCCAGCGGCCGUACACUUCCAAUAGUUCAUUGUUUGGUUCUGCACAUGAGUAUAUUUUUAUCACACACUAUGCCCCUGCUAUUGCUACCGAUUGU